ACGUCGCGGCGUCGUCGUCGUCGUCGGCCUCUUUCAUAACCGAGGAAAAUCGGUCGUCACGAUGCGUUGCGAUUUACCGGUAGUCGCCUUAAUGCUCGCCUUUGUGUCAGUGCCCAAGGUGGACGGCUGCGCGUUCUGCGACAGACUGUCACAGCAACAGAUGCAACUCAGACAACUGCAACAAUUGUCGCAGCAGCAACAACAACAGCAGGGAUACAAGACGAUGGGCAGCCCCAGGCCGUUCGGAGCCGAGAAACCAACCAGGGCGCAGGAAUUCAACAGGACCGGAGUUCUGCACCCCGAGUACCAGAUACCCGCCACCCUUCGGCCUGGCAAUGUAUCUCAGUUCUAUUAUCUCAGUCCGAGAGAAGGUCCACCUCUUACGUUACUCGUUAGCCCCUGUAGCGGGCCGAUAUCGUGGACGGUCAGUUACGUCGAACCACCGGAAAACAGCGAAGAAACGGAAGGAACAAAUUCGCAAUCGCGAUGGCCGGUGAAAAGUUUGAAGCCAGGUUCGCCUCUUUUUACGUACAAGGGUGCGGAGGAUCAGAAUUUCACGAUAUCAAAGACACGAGCUGGUCUUUAUUGGUUCGAGAUUAAGUCUAUAGAUCCGCCGGAUGCAAAUUUACAAAAAUUGACACCUAGCACGGUGCUUUUGUAUGCAACGUCUAGUGAGUUACGCCACAUCCCGGAAUUGUACGCGAACGAAAGGGAAAAUCGUCAUCAUUCGUUGAGAUUUCAACAAAGGAGGAGCAAACGACGACUUACGAUAUCUUGGAAUAAAAGCAACAUAGACCCCCACCUGUCCCAUUACUGUUUGGCCGUCACGUCAGGAUCGCAAGCUCAUCCCUUAACACUUUGCGCAGCACAGAAUGUUUUACGUGUUCAUCCUCAUCCAACUAAAGGAAGCUCUUCAAAGGAACAACAGCAUCGUGGCAUUCCGGAAGGACUUCAUUGCGUGCGUCAAACAAAAUUGACGCUUCACAGGAUGAAGUACGAUACUACGUACAAUUUCACGUUAUACGUGGUGAACACACGAAAUAAUGUUUCGAAUCGGAUAGCAACCGACGCCUUAAGAUUUCGAAAAACACCGGAGCUAAUGCUACGCACUGGACGAUACACGACUGCCAAUUUACGUAAAACUGAUGGAUUCGUUAACUUCCGGUAUCGUCCGCCAGGAAACAUUUCGAGCACCUUUCAUAUUCUUCCUUGUGGCGGUGGUAUCGUCAAAGCGAAAUUGAGUGGACCAGGAAUUUUGAGGAUACCAUCCAGAAGUGCACCCCACGAGUACAGAUCCCUAAGAACGUGCCACGAGGUGACAGUAGGAGUAGAAUCAGCGGGUGCAGCAAAAUAUUGCAUCCUGGUACGAGAAUUAAAAAGUGCCUCGUCAUUAUCCAGCAUAACAACGAUACCAGACCAAUGUGGCCUUCAUCGUCGACGACGUUCCGAAUAUACUUUCGAAGUCUGCGAAGAGAAACAAAGCCCGCCGAAAGAUCGAGCGCUUCCGUUCACCCUGAAGAGACUGCAACCAGGGAAGACUUAUCUCUUACAAAUCACGGCUCAAUUAAAGGGUCAAUCUUUAUCCUAUCCGUUGUUAGUUGUACGUACUCGACGUUCCUGUCUACCUUGAUACUAACGAUGCUCAUCGAACAAAAUAGGAAUAACCAAUGACAAUCUUUUACCGAGUUGGGCAUUAUUUAAAUAAUCUUCGUACACGAAAUUAAAACGAAGAUAUUCGAGAAUUUUCUAUUUUCGAAAAUAUGGCUGCUUGAGAAUUACGGUGGACUCUCGUUAUAUCGCCGCGAACUACGAGACUGUUCUCACACUGGGUUUUGAAUAGUUGGGAUUUUUCGAAAAUUUUCAAAUAUUAUUUGAUUCCCUGUUCUUGAAUGUCUUGUUUUUAUUCGAAAGAAGGUUGUGCGAGUAGUACCCAAUCUCGAACUCAAGGGCGAAUACGGACCUUUUGCAAUGGUGCGAAAUUUCAUUCUGUUUCAAAUCUUUCGCUAACGUUUGGACUAAAUUAUCGAUUUUUUAUUAAAUAAAAUUAGGUGGACACCUUAGGUUUUGUAAAACUUUAAAAAUAUGAAUUUUGUUAGUAUCCUAAUUUUGUUUAGCUUUACUAUUUUGAAUAUCAGUCUUUUAGUAAAAUAAAUUAUUUAUAACUUGAAGUGAAAAUGUGAAUGCAUAAAUUGCAAAAUAGACAAAUUUUCUGUGUUUGCCCUUGAAUCCAUUUUUCUUCUCUUGUAAUUCUGUUUUCUUGUUUUCCAACGUUUAGUGUUGCUCUUUUAUAUGGAUUUUAGUGCACAGACAUUACAUUUAUUUAAAGGUUAAUCCGAUGAUAUAGUCUAUCUUUAAAAUUCAAAAUUCUUCUUAUUAUAAAAUAUUCUUUUUCGAGGCUAAAUCUAGUCCAGAUUUACAACCAAUUGUAACUCCAUAAUGUUUACAUAGAAUUUGCAUUUGUUUUUCUCUAGUUUAAGUUACAUUUCUACAACGUUUUCUGUAAAAACAUAAAUCAGUAAUAUUGUCAAUAUAGGUACUAAUUACACUUGCAUUGUAAAUACUAUAUUAUGCAAUAUAUUAGGUUGUUGUUUAUUAAAUAGCAUUUUUUGGACACGAGAGUCAAACUGCAUUUUAUGACAGUUUAUUAAUAAAUUGUAACGAAUCAAUUUAAAGUUCAUAUUCUGAUAAAGAAAGUUUCAUAAAUCUGUUCAUGUUUUUAAUAUAAAAUGGCUGACUGUCAAUUGUGGCAAAUAAUAAUUGAUUUAAAGACACAAAUAAUGUGAUAUGAAUUCAUGACAUAAAAGUAUCACAAAACGACGUUUAUGGCACAUCAAUUUGAAGCUUGAAAUCUAACGAAAAAGUCUAUGUAAACUCUUUGUUCAUAAUUUUAAUACAAAAUGGUGGACUGUAGGGUUACAGCAAAUAAUGACCAAUUUCAAAACAUAAAUAAUGUGACACGAUUUCAUGACAUAAAAAUAUCACUAAAUAUCAUCUAUGACACAUUAAUUUAAAGCUUAAAAUCUAACGGAAAAGUCUAUGUAAACUCUUUAUUCAUAAUUCAGUAUAAAAUGGCGGACUGUCGGUUAUAGGAAAUAAUGAGCAAUUUCAAAACAUAAAUAAUGUGACAUGAUGUCAUGACAUAAAAGUAUCACUAAAUAUUACUUA